GUGAAAAAAUUUGUGUCUUAUGAUACGAGACUUCCUGAUGUAGUCGGAAGAUACAAAGACACCGUGUUGCAAACACAUCACGGUACCAUACAGAUGUAUGUAGUUGCCGAUUGAAGCUCCCACCUGCAGGUGAUCUUCUCCAUGUAAUCAACUUCCUCCCACCAUCACCAUGUCCACUGAACAGCAGACCACUUCUCUGCCCCAACCCAGCCCAGAGUGCUUUGCCUGGGACUAUCGCCUUCAACUCAUCAGCCUUGGCUUUGGGUUCUACACGGCUGUAUUUCUCCUCUCCCAUCUCCUGUCACUAGCUCUGUGCUACACUUACAAUGCUCUCCCAGCCAAAGAGAAGGUCUUCUGGAACCUUGCAGCCACUCGGGCAGCGUUUGGCAUUCAGAGCUCUGUGGCAGGACUCCGGGCUCUGACUGAGGAGUCCGCGUUAAGCAAAGACAAAGUGAUUGGCCAGGAAGACUGGUCAUGGUUUCAUGUCCUCACAGCUACCGGCUUUUUUGUGUUUGAGAAUGUGGCACUACAUUCAUCUAGUGUUGUGUUCCGGUCAUUCGACUUGCCCUUGGCCACACACCAUUUCUUCGCCCUGUCAGGAUUUGCAGGUGCUGUGGUGUUUGAUUCUCAAGGGCACUUCCUGGCAAUGGUUACUCUCCUCCUGGAGAUGAGUACACCUUUUACCUGCAUCUCCUGGAUGUUGCUGAAGGCUGGCUGGGCUCGCACUAUGUUCUGGAGAGCCAACCAGUGGGUGAUGAUCCACAUGUUCCACUGCCGAAUGGUGCUCACUUAUUACAUGUGGUGGGUGACUCUGACCCACUGGGAGGGGAUAAACACCCACGUCGCGCUGUUCCAAAGGCUGAUCUUCUUCUCUGGACUCGCACUGCUCACAUUUAUCAUCAACCCCAUCUGGACGCACAAGAAGACCAUGCAGCUGCUAAAUCCUGUGGACUGGAACUUUGGGAACAAGCUGGCACCGGUUAAUGACAUUGCAGAGAAUCAGUCUGGGGUUUCUAGAAAACCCCAUAAAAGCUGAAAAGCUUUUACAAGAUCCCAAUCUGUUGAACUUACAUUGCUUUUGUAUUCCACUUUUGAUAAUUUAUGCUUGAGAUUAACACUUUUAAGAGCAUGAAAAGCAAUUUGAUUAUAUAUGGUCACAUGAUCCAAUCAUGCUGCGUAUCGCAACAGUCUUCCAUCAUGUUGUUUUCUGUAGAUUUGUUUCAAUUUACUAUUUUUGGGGGUAGAAAAGAGUGUAUUUUUAAAUCAGUUUUGAAAAAGAUAUCUAAUACUCUCUGGAGAAAAAAUACAAAGAAGCUGUUUCCUCGAGCUCUGACCUAUCACACACAGCAGAGUCUUUGUUUAAUUUGAGGGAACUGACUUAUUUGUUGGAUCCAUUAAAACCUAAAUGGACAAAUUAGUUUGCAGUAGUCUCGGAGUGCAAGUCUUCCCACUUCAGUGCAGCAGAGAUUUGUCAGGGCACACAAAAAGCUUUUCUUCUUUAUCAAUGGAAGAAAGCACUGGAAUUGUUGCCUUCACAAAGGGCUUACUGUCUGAAAUGGAGAUGCAGUGUGACAAAAGUGAAACAACAAUGACAACAGAACAAGCAAGUUAUAUUGAAACCAAAAUGUAUUUUUAAAAUAUUAAGAAAUACACUUUAAGCUGCAAAAGUCGGGUAUAUUCAAAACCAACAUUACUGGAUAUUUGCUUAGACUUGUUGCAUUUUAUUAGGUGUUCGCAUAAUGUUACUUCUGGCAAGGGGAUUUUUUUUUCAUGUACGCCACAAACAUUUGCUAUAUGUUAAUGUUUAAUUUGCAAUAUUAAGUUGUUGUUUUUUUGUUUGUUUGUUUUCAGUUGUACAUGUGAUAAUGUCAUUCCCUCAUCAAAAAUAUACCUGGAGUGUUGCUUUGAUUCUUCACUCAUGUUUGUGAAAUCCUUUAAUUCCCCAUGGCAACCAUUUGGGUAUAAAGAAAUGUUUUGUCUCACCAAGUGCUGCCUUUUCCUCACAGCUUCUCCUGAAGCUUUUGCCUCACAGAACUUCUCUCUCCUGCAACUUCCCCACUCAAUUCCUUCUGCCGAGCUCUGUGUAUGAAACACUUGGCAGUGCAAUGCUCCAAAGAAUGAUGUUUUCACUGCUCGCUGAAGUCAGAGUGUCGGAAAGAGCAUAACUUCUUAAAGAGAUAGAAGCCCAAUUUCAAGGCAUUAAGUUGUAAUGACUUAAUUACUUUUAAGUCAUGUAUGAUGCAUAUUGAUGACAAAUGACAGUAACAGUUAUUUGAUUGUGUUAUAAAAUGUCAAUAUGUCUCUGGGAAAUACAUAAUACUGCCCCUUUACAUGCCAAAAUCAUGGGCACUAUAGAUGAUAUAUAAUUGCCCAUGAUUUGAAUUAUAUCAGUGUACAUUGGAAUAAGACAUUGAUUAUUCUGUUCUGGGUUGAAUAUUAUUUGAUUCAUGUCAAAGCAUAAUAUUUAUUUGGUCUAGAUAGACAGGAUUGUGUUUUGUGUGGCUAUGAAUAUGACUUUCAAAAUAAAAAA